UCUUUGACUCAUCAUCGUAAAGAACUACAAGUCCCAGAUAAACAUGGUGAGACCGUCACAUCCUCCCUAGCCCUGCAUCCGGAAACAGGAAAAUAAACCGAAAAGGGAGUAAAACGAAAGUAUCUCACCCAGCACCAUGAUUGAGACGAUGCGAGCAUGGGCCCAGUACAUUGUGGAGUGGGCCGCCAAGGACCCCUAUGGCUUCCUGACCAGCGUAUUGCUGGCGCUCACGCCUCUCUUCAUCGCCUGUGCGCUGUUGUCGUGGAAACUGGCUAAAAUGAUUGAGGUUCGCGACAAGGAGCAGAAGAGGAGGCUGCGGCGUCAGGAGAACCUGGCCAAGGUGAAGAGGAACUAGAAAGACGGCUGUGUGGAGGAUGAAGGCCCCGCCCACCCAUUGCCUUCACCACCAGCGCAAACCCUUUGGGGUCGGGGCUAACUUGCCCCCACCCGUCGAACAGUGCCAAGACGGAAGUUCCCGUUGGACUUUCGGCAGCAAGAGUGACAUUUUGAUACACAAGUUUGCUUGU